CCAUUUCUUUACUUGAGCUCGUCAGAGAAGGCCGAGUCGGGGUGCUGGCCGGCAGGAAUGGGAACGAGCCCCGGAACGAAUGUGCCGUUGUUGUCAACCAGCUCGUAGAUGUGGUCGGCGACAAACCACCUGGGGCGGCCCAUGUGGAGCUCGUGCGUCCACUCGAACUGAUCGCUGGGCUUGCUAGUGUCGGGAACCAUUGUUGGUGAUAUGGGAUGUAGUGUCGCGUCGCGUCGGCUGAAAAAUUAAAACAAAGCAGAACAAAGAGAAGCAAGAUGGCUGUGAGAUAAAGAGAAGCGGCCCUCGCCGCGGGCGGCGCCCAUGCCUUUUAUACCCACCGGGUCUUACGGCACAGCAGCGCCAGGAAACAGUGCUGGUUGCAUGUGCACCCAACGGGAAAUAGCUUCUGGUCGGCGCAUCUCAGACGCCUGCACAUGCCUUGCGACGUGCGAGCUGCAACCUGCGAGCUGCAACCUGCAAGUCCCCCGUCAUUGUUGCAAGUCCUGUUUCCGUUUAUGCACGGCUCCCACCGCCCCUGCGCCUUGCUCAAGGCAGCCAAUCCGUGGUGGCUCUGGGCGCAGGCACGUGUGCAGGGCUUCCCCAAACGCACAUAGCGCGGUGCCGCCAUCUCUCAGAAGCGAGCUGGCAGCGCUGCCGACAUCGACAUCGAUGCCGGUGCCGGUGCCGAUGUCGAUGUCGACUCUGGCGCUGAACCCCAGCACUGCAGGGUGGCUGGCUGCGCGCGGCGAGAGCUUUGGGUGUGGGAGAAACACAGCGCACUAUCGCGCAACCCUUUUUCGGCCGGCGUCACAGGGCCCCCAGGGGCGGAUCCGCCUGCCCAUCGGCCCCAAUCCCAAUAAUAGACUCCUGCGCGGAAUGCCGUCGAGUGCAUCUGGCUUCGCGCGUAUAUGCAGCCAGGUCAUAUCAGGGCAUGUGCACAAAGGCGUGGGUAUCUAUUUUCUCUGUGCACAAAGGCGUGGGCAUGGGCACUAUCGCAUUCUUUUUGCAGUAAUUUCAUAAGUUGGAUCUUGUAUUUUCAGAUUAAACGUCAUCGGCACCCACUGGCAAGCAGGUGGGCAAAUCACCAAAUCAAACUGGAAAACGGGCAUAUAAAAUGUAGUGCAUCUGGAAGUGCCUUGCUGGCUGUCGCUUGGCGGGGCGGCCUCUUACUUGGACGCCGGCUUAUCG